AAAGAUUAUUUCAUUCCAAUCUGAAAACCCAAAACUCUUCUAGAACGGUCCGCGCAGGGAUCGUUUGAUUUCUUCCUCAUUCUCCUCGUUUGACCUUCCCUCUUCAAUCCCCAUUUCGUCUUUGAGUUCGUUACUGUUGGAUUCAUCACAUAUCCUGCCGGCGGCUUCCUUCUCCCUCCCCACCGUGGAGUUAGAAAGACUUCUUCGCAGCCUGCACUUUCUCUGUUCUCUCUCAACUAUGGGUCUUUUAUGGAGCUCUAGAAGAAGACACAACCAUGGCCACCGCUACCAACCAAACCCAGUUCCCCCUCCAGCCCCUUCUUCACAGCAUCCUACUCCACCAGCCUCCUACGCCUUCGCCGCCAACGCCCCCUAUCCUGCGUCUUCUCACCCCCCUUAUCCUGCGCUCCCUGCUCCCUCUCCGCCUCCUCACCUCUCCUUCAACACCCACCAGCUCAUACCCUACAAUCCCUCCAAUUACGCCCGACCUGUGAUGGCUCCGGCCCCGUUUCCGCCAUAUCUCCCCAAUCAAGCUAAUGGGUGGGCCGGUUUUCGCCCUCCGGUGAUGGAGCACCCGACGCCGCCGUAUGUAGAUCAUCAGAGUGCUAAGAAGAUCAAGAAUGAAGUUAAUGUGCAGAAGGGUACGAUAAGAGUUGAUGUGGAUGAGAAGAAUUCAGAUUCUUAUUUGGUUUCCUUUACUUUUGAUGCCUUAGUUGAUGGCAGUGUCAGCAUCUUUUACUUUGCCAAGGAGGGGAUUAACUGUACCUUCACUCCAUUAUACCCUGAAAUUUAUAAACCAGCAAAAGUUACCUUUGAAAAAGGGUUGGGCCAGAAGUUUUCUCAGCCUUCAGGGACUGGCAUUGAUCUUGGUUUCUUUGAUGUUGAUGAACUGUCAAAACCAUCACCAGAAGAAGAUGUUUUCCCUCUUGUCAUUGUUGCAGAAGCAUGUUUGCCGCCUUUGCCUGUCAGUGAACAGCUUGCUCACCCUCCGCAAAUGGCUUCUCCCCAUAUGCAGAUUACACAAGCCAUCCUAAAACGGGAUGAUGAUGGUCAUUUCCAAGUGAGAGUAAUCAAGCAGAUCUUGUGGGUGGAUAGGGUUCGCUAUGAGCUACGUGAAAUUUAUGGCAUCAAGGAUUCAGAUGAAGCAGGGAUUGACAACAAUGAUGCAGGUGAAGAGUGUGUUAUUUGUAUGACAGAGCCUAAAGAUACAGCUGUUUUGCCUUGUCGACACAUGUGUUUAUGCAGUGAAUGUGCAAAAGAAUUGAGGCUUCAAUCAAGUACUUGUCCCAUAUGUCGCCAACCGAUCCAGAAAUUUAUAGAGAUCAAGGUUAAUAGAGGAGUGUAACAAGGCUGGGAUUUAGCAACAGUACCGCUCCCCAUUCAGAAGAAUCUGCAAAACUUAUGGACAGGAGAUCUUUGUACAGCUUACCUAUAUGGAGAUUAAAGGGCACCAAUGCUUUACAGCAUUUGGCUGGAGAGUUUUAUUCUGACUUUUUAUACAUGGGAAGUCUGGUAAGUACAUAUAUUUAUGUUGGUUUGGUUUUUGAAAAAUUUGUAAAAUCUUCAUAUAGCUUUGUAUAUAUGUUGAUACAUAUUUGUUCUCAUUCUACUGCCAAUAAAUGGAUUUACAAGUUUCACAGUUCAA